AUGCGUUUUGCUCUCAUUAUUCUCUCAAUAUUUGCUAUUGCAUUGUCUACAAAUUUAGAUCCAUAUUCUGAGACGAAUAAGUUUCUUUUAAGUAUCUGGGAGCACACGAAAGCCAAAAACUACACAAUUAUCGAUCCGGAAUUUUUUGGAAUUGUGGAUAAUGUGACCUACAACAAAGAAGAAUUUAUCAAAAACAUUGUGAAUCCCGGACCUGAUGAAGAAUUACCAAAACUCAAUGUGACAAAUGCAACUUUUGACGCAAAAGGAAUGUUGGUAUUUGAUUUAAUUUAUAGUCACAUCGAAAAAUUCACUGCGAAACCGAAUGCUAAUAUUAAAGGGGGCUAUACAUUAUUAAAAUUGAAGAUUUGA